AUGGGAAUUGCUAGCACAUACGGCCCUGAUCCUCCCCCGGUUCAAACUACCCACUCUCAUGUAAAGGCCCCGGCAUUAUCUCCAACAUGGAAAGGCUUUGUCCACACCACGAUGGACGCCAUGAUGAUCUUCGAGGCGUGCCUCAGUGGAUAUCUCCACCAUAUCCCGCGGAGACCUCAUGACAAGGAGCGUCCUGAGCUGAUCACGAGCGGAUCAUGCUUUGUUUACGAGGAAAAUGCCUCUGGAAUCAAGAGAUGGACCGAUGGGAUGAGCUGGAGCCCCAGCCGGAUCAUGGGCAAUUUCCUAGUGUAUCGAGAACUCAACCAACCAUUUCCUCCUGGCGAAAAGAAACGUGCAAAGCGAAAGCGAUCAAUGGCGGACGUUGGAAACGAAGCAAAUUACCGGAAGAGCUCAAAUUCACCAGACGUCGAGACUCCUGCAAAGGGUAACUGCGCCGAAGAUCGACGACUUGUUGGAUCGUUGAUAGACUCGUACGGGUUCAAGAAAGGCGGCUUGAUCAAGAAGACACUGAGCAUCAGCUCAAAUCAGUGCAACCACCACAUCAUAUGCUACUACACACUCGAGGACAUCAAAGCUGGAAAAUGUCUUCGUCCAGUUCAGCACCCUGACUUGGCACAUCUUCGACCACGGCCGUCCCUAGUUGAGGGAACGGCCAAGUUCAGGUGUCCUCUGAGUGAA